AUGCCCGCCCUCUCCCCCACCAUGACUGAGGGCGGCGUCGGCGCGUGGAAGAAGAAGGAGGGCGAGUCCUUCGAGGCCGGAGACGUGCUGGUUGAGAUUGAAACGGACAAGGCGUCCAUCGAGGUCGAGGCGCAGGACGAUGGUAUUCUGGGCAAGAUCCUGGUCGAGGGUGGAUCCAAGAACGUUCCCGUCGGCAAGGUCAUUGCCCUGCUGGCCGAGGAGGGUGACGACCUGAACAACCUCGAAGUUCCGGAGGAGGGCGGUGCUUCCAAGUCAACCGCCGAGAAGCCUGCCCCGAAGAGCGAAGAGCCCAAGGAGGAGAAGUCUGAGGCCCCGAAGGCCGCUGAGCCUGAGAAGAGCGCGCCGAAGGAGUCGGCGGAGCACUCUGAGAUUGACCCGUCGAUCAACAUCUUCCCGGCCGCCGAGAGGCUGCUCUGGGACCACCCGCUGAGCAACGAGCAGCUCAAGGCCAUCAAGCCGACCGGAAAGCACGGCAAGAUCACGAGGGGCGACAUCCUGGCUGCGCUUGGCAAGAUCAAGUCGCCCUACGGAACCGCUGAGAAGUACAACACGGACCCCAUGGGUCCCUCUGGACGCAGGAAGAGCGAGGGCCCGCGACCGGCGAGCGAGGGACAGAAGCCCGCCGCCGCCCCCGAGAAGCCCCUUGACGGCCCUGCCCUCCGCCGCCUCAUCGUCUCUGGCCUCGGCAAGGCUGCCGCCCCGCGCCCCGCUGCCGCGUCCAACCCCGGCCCGCUCACGCCCACCGACGCCGAGUACGACGACAUCUUUGGCGACUACUUCCCCUCCGCCCCCAAGCCCGCCACUCCCCCGCCCGCCGCGGCCGAGUCCCAGCCGAAGCAGGACGAGCUCGCUGGUCUCCUCUAA